AUACACGCUGACACGUUCUAAAGAACGUAAACAAAAACUCAAACCAGUCCGAGCCGCAACUCGACGUGGGUUUGUCGUUUGUACGUCGUCCGGUGAAUACAAAUUAUUUUUUUUAUUUUUUAUCUUGUUUUUUUGUUUUAACUCGGUUUUACGAUUAUUUCAAAGAAAAUUGAUUAUGUAUUUUUAAAAAUAAAAUCGCGGUUUUUAAUAUUUAAUCUUUAAUCUCGCGCCAGUGUGUGUUUAAUAUUGUAUUUUAAUAUAUUUUAUAAUAAUAAUAUUGUUGUUGUUAUACCGCGCGAGAUAUCCGUGGACAGUUAGUGCGCGGGUUUUUGUUGUUUCACAGGAUUUCCGUCCAAAACACCGAAUUGCCGUCACCAUGAACUAAUACAUAAACGACGAUAGUCGAAUCGACGCCGUGACGACCGUUUCCCGACGUUUGCGGACGAACACUCAGUACGCUCGUGCACAGUUUCAAAUGAUUUGCCCGCGUGACUUGUGAACGCCACCACCAUGGACUGUCCGGACUGCGGCAAACACUACUAUUGGCGGACGGCCUUUGUCGUUUUCGCGGCGCUUGCCGUCAGCCUAGGCGAGGCGUGGCAACAGAGUCAACCGGCCAAGAGCAGCUUCAUUUAUUCAGCGUUCAAUUCUGAUCAGAUAUUCCACGGGAACAAGUCGACCAAAAACUACUUCAAAAUAUUGCUUCAAGACCAGACGACGGCGCUAAUCGGUUCCAGAAAUGUGUUGUACAAUGUCAGUUUGGACACCAUGAAAAUAAACGACAAAUACCAUUGGAGCUCCUCAGAAGCCAAUUACCAAAUGUGCCAGCUCAAAGGCAAAUCGGAGGACGACUGUCAGAACUACAUCAGAGUGGCGUAUAAGAAGAACAACGAAGAGCUGUUGGUCUGCGGUACCAACGCUUUCCAUCCGAUGUGCAAAGUGUACAACCUUACGGUAAGUGUCGUUGUUUUUCUCUGUGAAAAAAAAAAUAUAUUUUACCGUGUGCUCGUUUUGUUACAGGACUAUACCAGCGGUCAAGAAGUGGACGGUCGUGGGAGGUGCCCGUACGAUCCGUUGCACAACAGCACGUCUAUAUACACAGGCGAUCAGCUUUAUUCAGGCACCGUGGCCGAUUUCUCCGGCAGCGACCCUCUGAUAUACAAAGAGCCCAUGCGGACCGAACGGUUGGACUUCAAGCAGCUGAACGACCCGAACUUCGUGAGCUCGUUGGAGUACAAGGAUUACAUCUUCUUCUUUUUCCGAGAGAUCGCCGUCGAGUACAUCAACUGCGGAAAAGCCAUUUAUUCGAGGGUAGCCAGAGUGUGUAAAUACGACAAGGGCGGCCCGCACUCUUACCGGGACCGAUGGACGUCGUUUUUGAAAGCCAGACUCAACUGUUCCAUCCCCGGCGAAUAUCCCUUCUAUUUCGACGAAAUACAGAGUACCAGCGAUGUCUUGAACACCGCCCUGACCGGCAUCAUUGACCCCAUCGUUUACGGCGUUUUCAACACGCCGGUCAACUCCAUCGGUGGGUCGGCCGUAUGUGCGUUCAACAUAAGCGAUAUCAUCGACACGUUCAUGGGUUCGUUUAAGGAUCAAGAGGCCAUGGACUCGAAUUGGUUGCCCGUGAAAAAGGUGCCGGAACCACGACCGGGCGUUUGCGUAGAAGACAGCCGAACCCUCCCGGACGCGACGGUGAAUUUCGUCAAGAGUCACUCGCUGAUGGACUCGGCCGUAUCGCCGUUAUUCUCCAUGCCGAUAUUCACCAGGGUAUCGCAACAGUACAGACUGACAAGCAUAGUGGUCGACAACCAGGUGGCCGGCACUAAAGGACAGCACUACGACGUACUGUUCAUGGGCACGGACGACGGGCGGCUGAUCAAAGGCGCUUUGUACACGAAAAACGGUUCGCCAGAGUUCGUUCCCAUUGAAGAAGUCGUCUUGACGGCGAACGGCGCCAAAAUGGGACCGGUCCGCUCGUUGAACCUUGUCAAAUCGACCAAAGGCAAACCCGGCAGGAUAGUGGCCACUUCCGACCAAGCGGUAAUUUCCAUUCCGCUGGAACGGUGUUCCAAGAAAAUAACUUGCCAAGAGUGUAUCGACUUGCAAGAUCCUUACUGCGCGUGGAACGGUGCGCAUUGCGUUAAUCAGCUGGAAGCUCAAGGCUCUGCCGGCAACUUCAUCCAGUCGAUCGGUUCCAAUACGAACGCCGCAAUGUGUCCAAACGAUAUCUCCGACUUCCGAACGGUAACCACAGCGGCCGAAGACAGCAACGACAUAGACUCAAACUUGGCGAGAUGCCCGAAUUGCGAACCCUGUUCCCAUGUUAUCAACGACGCCGUCCGGGAGAAAAGAACUGAUGUCCCGGUAGUGGAGUUAGGAGACGUGAUCGGUUUCAUCAUGAUGACGGUCGUACUUGCCACGCUGGUGAUAGGCUUCGCCGUGGGUUUCAUUUGUUCACGGCACUUUCGUCACGUCGAUCCGUUUUCGGCCAUGGCUGUUCACACCCAUCAUCAACUUAACCGACUGGCCGAUAUGAACGGAUCGACCGAAAUAGGCAACGCGCCGUUUUUGCCUUGCGCCAACAACAAGGCUCCGUUGAACUUGUUGGUCAACGUGACCAAAAGCAAGAACAACGAUACGAUGGAAAAGAACUUGGACGCUUCCAUCGAAAACAAAACCCUGCAGAAGGUCAAGAAAACCUAUAUAUAAGACGGUUGUGGUCUACCGACCACCGACUAGUGUUAAUUUGUGUUCUGUGUCAAAGCUUAUCGGUGGGGGAGAACUGUAUUUGACUGAUUUGGACAAGUGUAAAAUAAAAAAAAGUCGUAAAGAUCUCAUGUGUAAUCAAAAAAGUUUUUUUUAUAUUAAAAAACUACCGACACGCUCGACCAUAGGAGUGGACUUGAGGGUUGACACGUGGGGAGGGUAAUUACCUCCCCUCCUUACAAUAUGGGCUUGUGUUUGGUGAACUCUCCUUUGGACCCAUAAUAUUAAAGAAUAUAGUUUCUUUAG